AUGGCAGACUCUUCAGAGGUCCCGAACCCGCAGUUCCUGGCAUGGGUGGAGGAAUGGGUCAACUCUGCUAAGGAGCGUAAUGCACACAGUCUGACCACGUACAACCGAGCAUAUCACUCGCUCAAAGCCUGUCCAAUACGUUUCGAGCAUCCAGCAGAGCUGGAGCAGCUCAAAGGAUUCGGGCCCAAGCUGUGUGCCAGGUUGACAGAGAAACUGCAAGCUCAUUGCAAGGACAAUGGAACAGUUAUGCCUGAGCAUCCCAAGGCGAAGAAAGCGGCUGAAAAGGCCCGCCAGGUCCAGGAACAGGGUGAUGGCGAACCAGUGGCCAAGAAACCCAAAAAGGCCCGAGCCCCCAAACAAUAUGUUCCAGCGUAUAGGUCGGGCGCCUAUGCACUCGUAUUGGGGCUUUCAACAUUGGAUGAAGACUCUCUCACCGGGAUGACAAAGGCAGAGCUGAUCGAGGUGGCCGAACCUCAUUGCGAUGCUAGCUUCACUGCUCCCAGUGACCCUACCAAGUUCUACACGGCCUGGAACUCAAUGAAGACGCUCAUCCAGAAGGAGCUCGUCUUCGAGAGAGGCAGGCCUCUACGCAGAUAUGCUCUGACCGACGAUGGGUGGGAGGUGGCCCGCAGGACUAAACAGACCAAGGAAUUUAACAAGGACAACGAGAGUCUGCCUCAAGGGGCGCGAGAAGAGUCGGUUGUGGAAUCAGAAGCCACUUCCAACAUCCAGCAAGCCCCAUCAGCGCCACCGGACAUGUUCGAGCCAACCGAACCAAGUUCCUCUUACCAAAACAUUGUGACUGAGGGACAGGUCAUCUCAAGUGACAGUGCACUUCCCUCGUUUCUCCCUGUCCGAAUCCCCCCAGGAUCCUUCACGGUCAAACUGUUGCUCGACAUUCGCGAGGUCAGGGCAAAGACCGACCGAGACUACAUGCAACAGGAGCUCGCAAAGCUUGGUGUGCCCCCAAUCAUGAGAGCUCUCGAGCUCGGGGACGCGCAGUGGGUAGCAAAGUGUCAUGAUCCCGACUUGCUCUCCAAGCACGGCCUGCAAGGCGACGAGAUUGUCCUGGACUGGAUCGUCGAACGCAAGCGCCUCGACGACCUGCUCUCCAGUAUCAAAGAUGGCCGCUUCCACGAGCAAAAGUUCCGCUUGAAUCGUUCUGGUGUGAAAAAGGUCAUCUACAUCAUUGAACAAAUUGCGAUGGAUCUCACUGAACAACAGGCGGACUCUAUCAACACUGCCAUCGCCUCGACGCAGGUGUCCAACGGCUAUUUUGUCAAGAGAACUGAGAAAAUGGACGACUCCAUCAGGUACUUGGCCAAAAUGACCUCGAUGCUUAAGAAGAUAUACGAGAAGAAGCCGAUCAACAUCAUACCGACUCAAAUCAUUACCGCAAGGAAUUAUCUUCCGUUGCUGGGCUAUUUACGCAGAAAAGAGCCGACUCUGAGCUACCACGUCACAUACCCGGCUUUCGCGUCGCUAGCAUCCAAGUCGGACAUGAUGACUCUGAAAGACAUCUUUCUCAAGAUGCUGAUGACGAUGAAGGGCGUUACAGGGGAGCGAGCGCUUGCCAUCCAGGAACGAUGGAAGACCCCCCAUGAUUUUGCCAAAGCCUUCGAGGUCUGCGGCACAGGAGCCGCGGGACAAAAACGCAAGAGAGAAUUCCUGCAUCGUGAAAUGGGGGAUAUGGUGGCCUCCAAGGCGGUGGGGAAAGAAUUGAGUUCCAAGAUUGCCGAAGUAUGGAGCGAUGUGUGA